UGGCGUAGUCGGAUAGUUUUCGUCAAACGUAGAGUUACUUUCGUGCUGUGAAGGUGUGAAAUGAAAGCUUAGCAAUGGGGUUGACUACCAACAUCAAUCGGACGCAUUAUCUGCUGGCCGGGGUGGUGUGCGGCUUUGUCCUGAGCUAUUACUCACCCCAGGACUAUGCCGAGCUCGUCACUGAGUGCCCGGAGGCCACGGAACAUUCGAACAAACUACUUGCGCUUGAGCAUGGCGGUGAGUUUGAGCCGCAACUUAACCUAGAACAAAAGCCUAUGAUCGCCAAGAAACCGGUGAAGAACAUCGUUCGCCCGCGUUACUACUACACCGAGCUGGGAAUACGAGAGAAGUUGUUCGUGGGUGUGCUGACUGCGGAAGAAAACGUCGAAAGCCUUGCGACCGCCAUCAAUCGCACCACCGCCCAUCUCGUGAACAAGAUGAAGUUCUUCAUAAACGCUGACAAUGUCAAAUCGAACUUUCGGCUGAAAAACAUUGUGGGAUUCACCGACACCCGGGAAAACUUACGUCCAUUUCAUAUGCUCAAGUACCUGGCGGACAACUAUCUGGAUGAGUACGACUACUUUCUGCUGCUAACCGAUACAACGUACGUUAAUGCCCGGACGCUGCGCAGCCAAUUAGAGCACUUAAGCGUCACGAUGGAUGUCUACAUGGGCACGCUGGGCGAUGGUUCCGGCGGUAAUGAUGGAGGCGGCGCGCGUGACGAUCGGCAGUAUUGCGAUCUGCAUGCGGGCAUCGUUCUGAGCAGCGGUGUCAUCCGCAAAAUACGAGCCAACCUCGAUUGGUGCGUGCGCAACUGUGCCUCGAACAAUCACAACGUUAACAUCGGAAAAUGUGUGACCUACUCGACCAAAAUCAAAGCAUGCCAAAGCUCGUGGCAGGGCAUUGAUGUCGCUAGCUAUCGAUUGAGCAACUACAAAAUCUAUCGCGAUUUCAAUCUGAUCGCCAAGGAACCGGCGUUCAACGGUGCCGCGACGGUCUUCCCCGUCACCUCGGCUGAUGAUUUCUACCUACUGCACGCCUACUUUUCGCGUGUGCAUCUGGAGCGCAAUAGCCAGGUGAAGCGCGAGCUGCAGAACGAAGCGAUGCAGAUUUCCAACGACACGCUGCUGAACGAUAUACUGGAGGUCCGUUGGCCGCUGGGCGUACCGAAGCCGAACCCACCCGAAUCUCGCCAUGACGUUGUUCCUUGGAUGGCCCUGAACACCACCCACUCGCUCAUGUGGAACUCGGAGGUGAACGUGCACCGAUUGUCUGUCGUCGACGAGGAAGACAUACGGAACGUGCUGAACAAGACAAUCAUGGAGGCGACCCGCAAUGACCCGAACGUCGAGUAUCGCAGUGUGCAUUCCGCAUACAAGCGCUUCGAUGCCGUACGGGGGAUGGAUUACCGCUUGUUGCUCAACUUUUACGACCGCAAGGCGAAACGAAUGACGCUCAAGAGCUUCGAAGUGAUUAAACCGAUCAGCUUGAUAGAAAUCGUUCCGUCACCAUACGUAACGGAGAGCACGCGCGUAGCCAUACUGCUGCCCACGUUCGAGCAUCAAAUUCAAGAGUCGGAGCAGUUUCUGGAAGCGUACGAGAAAACAUGCAUGGAUAAUCAGGACAAUACCUUCCUUAUGUUGAUAUUUUUCUACGGCGCCGAUACUCCCAACAAGGGAGAUGACGAUGUGUUCCUGCCACUGAAGAACAUUGCCCUUGCGCUGACGGAGAAACACAAGCAGAUUGGAUCAAGGGUAGCCUGGGUUUCUAUCCGCCUGCCAACAGAGGUCAGCAGUAAGUUUGACGAAAAUUAUCGCUACCAUAGCUCGCUGUAUGGGCCGUAUGCCAAGAUGAGUUUCGUUGCCGUCGACCUCGCUUUGCGCAAGAUCGGACUGGAGAGCCUGGUAAUGGUGUGCUCGAACGGUGCCUCCUUUCGGCCGGACUUUUUGAAUCGCGUCCGGAUGAAUACCAUCCAAGGGUUCCAGGUGUUCAGUCCCAUCGGCUUUAUGAUGUACCCGUGCGAAUGGACUGGCCUUUGCAAACCGUGCGAUAAUUGCGACGUCGGCCAGGGCAGCGGAUACUUCGAUCGGGCCAACUACGACGUGGUGUCGUUUUACAGCAAUGACUAUGUCGCGACACGCAAGCAACUCGAGACGGUGCUGCCCAUCGUGCGCAGUGAUCGUGAUAUUUUGAACCUACUGAUGAACGAUUCCGAUACCCAUGGAGCAGAAGGUGGUUCCAUCACGACCAUUUUAGAUCUGUUCGCUCGGAGCGACAGCAAGAUACACGUACUGCGAGCUGUCGAGCCGAAUCUACGCUUCGGACGUGAUAUAAGCAACUAUCUGGCAAACGAUACCAAUGGAGAACGCUUUUCGAAGCUGCACUGCGUGGAGGAGGAUAGGGAGCGUUGCAUUCGGAUUGCAUCCAAAAAACAGAUAGGAGACGUUUUUGUACAAAACACAAAGCAAUACGAGAACCGCGAAGCCGUUUAACUCUUAUGCGUAGCUAGUUUUGUAUCUAUAAUAUAACUAUAUUAAAACCAAUUGAAUUCAGUUUGUGAUGGGGACCCGUUCAGUCGAUAGUUAGUCAACCUAUAGUCAACACUAACAAGAUGUAAUGGGUGCUUUUAAUGACUAAUAAAUAAAAAAUAUAUAUA